GCUUUUGAUUCGGUUUGAAUUAAAUCCUUCGCUUUUGCAGGAUGAAUACGGACACAUUUCUGCUUUGACGACCGAGAGGAGACCCAACAGCUCCGUGAGCCUGGAGGGGGUUAAAUGGGAUGGACAGCAAAGGUAGCUCCCUGCCUUCGAUGCCCGAACCCGCCAACCCGACCAGCAUGAAGCAGCCGCUGGAGUCCCCCAGCGUACGGAAAGGCGGGGGGGACGUGAGCGGCGAACCCGCUCUCCUCAUCAUGGACAAAGCCGCCGCUCAGCUGGCCGCCACGCUGCAGGACGGCGUUCUGCAGAAGAUGGCCGGCCACGGUCACAACAACCAGAGCCUCGAGAGGCUCAAAGACCUCACCUCCCGCGUGCUGAACGGGGAUCAAGACGCGCCGCCGAAGCUCUGCGCCCCGGAGGGCGCCGACGCCCCCGCGACGAACGGCACCCGCCAGCGCAAUUGCUCUCCUCGCGCCGAACCGAAAGCGGCGUCGCACCAGGCGGUCGAGCAGCCGUCGUUCGAGCCGUCCUGCGCCAACGGGACCGGUCCGUCCGCGUCCGCCGAAGACGAGGCAUCAGCGCCGGAGAAGAGGCGGGACCCGAAGAAGAGGAGGGGAGCGUCUCGCAAAGCGACCCUCGGUCCGGCCGCCCCGCUCGGGGAACCGGACGACCGCGCCGACGCUGUCGAUGGAACUGGAGCAGCUGAUGAGCCUGAUCUCGUCCCACAGUUUGCAGCGGAGAAAGCAGAAGAGUCCCCUGUGCUGAUCAGUUUUUAUGUUGGUGAUUUGGUUUGGACCAAGGUGUCAGGAUACCCUUGGUGGCCCUGCAUGGUGACCACAGACCCCGAAUUUAACAAUCACAUCAAACCGAAACAGACGACAGUCAACCGCAGGCUGGGCCCCCUUUACCAUGUGCAGUAUUUUGGAGACGCCCCAGAGAGAGGCUACAUCUUUGAGAAGAACAUGGUGUCCUUCACCGGAGAGGAUCAAUACCAAGAGCUGAGCAAGGGCAGCAAGCAGCCCGCCUCUCGUGUCAUCCACAAACGGACGGCGCCCUCUGUGCCCCGUAAGCUCCAAGCUCAGUGGAACAUGGGUGUCAUUCAGGCCAAGGAGGCCUUCACCAUGUCGAUGGAUGAGCGCAUGGUCAACUUCACUUUUCUGUACGACGAUGACGGGCCUCAGCUGAACCCCUGCACCCUGGAGAAGUUGAGUCCCAAACAGAGCUCCGAGAUGGACCAGGAAACGGAGUCGAGACUCAGCCCAGAUCUCCCCUCGCCGCCGGCGGGCCCCGCCGACGACCCGACGGCCGCCCCUCGGUCCCAAGACAGCACUUCAUCGGGAAAAAAGACACAAGCGCCCAGAACAAAACUCGGCUCAGGAGAAUAUCGACGAAGGGGCAAAGGCCAGCUCAAUAAUUUGCAGUCGAAAAAGCAAGUGAAAGACCCAGUUUCUUCCAAAGAAACACUUCCUCCGCAGACGGCUUCACAGGAUCCCACCACUUCUGCACCAGAUCUACAAGCUGGAACCGUCACACCUCAGAGGAAGAAGCGGACGCCCAGACAGGCUCCGGCUCCCACAAAGACGGCUCGGAGGAGGAGGACAUCGGCAACGGACCCCGUGAAGAAAAGAAAAUCAAAGCUGGCUUCUUCGUCAGACAAUCUGACAGAACCAGUCUCAGUUCCAGUUUCAGUUCCAGUCAAGAGGCGGCAGAGGAAGACGUCUAAUGGGUCGCCGACCGAUGCUGCGGCAGACGAGGCUCAGCAGCCCAAAAGGAAACGUAAAACAAGCAACAAUGCAGAAAAACAGGACUCGACUUCAGAAGGAACGGAUAAAAAGAAGAGGAGGAAGAACGCCGACAAAGAUGUAACAAAAACCAAGAAGAGAAUAACAAAGUCUAAAGCUCUCAUCACUGAAGACGAAGAUGCAGAGAAACCAAAGCGUAGGAUGAAAAGAAAGCAGAAUGGAGAGAAUGAGACGACACCCUCCAAGGCAAAGAGAAGGCGGGUCACCCCGUGUCCUGAUCCCGAGGGUUCUGGAAGCGAAGGACGUCCCGAUUCUCCGAGUGACAGCUUAGACGGGACAAAAAAGGGCGAACGGAAGAAAGAGUUCGUCUGCCAGAUGUGUGAGCAGGCCGGUGAGGACUUGGUGCCGUGUGAAGGCCAAUGCUGCGGCAUGUUUCACCUCCACUGUCUGGCUCCGUCAUUGAAACCGGACGAGAAGCUUCUGUGUCAGGAGUGCAGCACAGGAAUUCACUCGUGUUUCACCUGCAAGCAGCCGGACGGCGCCGCGCGGCGCUGCCACGUCCCACAAUGCGGAAAGUUUUACCACGAGGCGUGUAUCCGCCUCAACCCCCUCACUGUGUUCGACAACAAGGGCUUCCGCUGCCCGCUUCACGCCUGCCUGAGCUGCCACUACGGCUGCCGCACCAAGCAGAAGUCCACCAAAGGGCGGUUGAUGCGUUGCCUGCGCUGCCCCCUCGCGUACCACGUCGGUGACCUGUGUGUGGCUGCGGGCAGCCAGAUGAUCACCAACACCGCCAUGGUCUGCACCAACCACUUCAACGCCAAGAAGGGCUACAGCCACCACAGCCACGUCAACGUCAGCUGGUGCUUCGUCUGCUCUAAAGGAGGGCAGCUGCUGUGCUGCGAGUCCUGUCCCGCUGCGUUUCACCCCGACUGCUUGAACAUCGCAAUGCCCGACGGGAGCUGGUUCUGCAACGACUGCCGGGCCGGAAAGAAACCCAAAUACAAAGACAUCAUCUGGGUAAAACUGGGAACAUACAGAUGGUGGCCUGCAGAGAUCCACAACCCCAGAAACAUCCCCACCAACAUCCAGCACCUUCGCCACGAGAUCGGAGAGUUCCCGGUCUUCUUCUUCGGCUCCAAGGACUACUUCUGGACUCACCAGGGCCGAGUGUUUCCGUACAUGGAGGGAGACCGAGGCAGCAAGCACCAGAGGACCGGCAUCGGCAAAGUCUUCAAGAACGCUCUGCUGGAGGCCGAAGCUCGAUUCAAGGAGAUAAAAAUCAAACGAGAGGCCAAGGAAGCGCAAGAGAACAGCCGGAAGCCGCCCCCAUAUAAAUGUAUCAAGGUGAACAAACCCUUCGGUCGAGUUCAGGUCUACACCGCGGAUGUUUCCGAGAUCCCCAAGUGUAACUGUAAGCCGGCGGACGAGAGGCCGUGCGGCUUCGAGUCCGAGUGCCUGAACCGCAUGCUGCAGUACGAGUGCCACCCUCAGGUGUGUCCCAGCGGGGAGCGCUGCUGCAACCAGGACUUCACCAAGCGCCUCUACCCGGAGACCAAGAUCAUCAAGGCGCCUGGCAAAGGCUGGGGCCUGAUCUCUCUGCGGGAUAUCAAGAAGGGCGAGUUUGUGAACGAGUACAUCGGAGAGCUGAUCGACGAGGAGGAGUGCAGGGCGAGGAUCAAGUACGCCCACGAGAACAACAUCACGGACUUCUACAUGCUCACCAUCGACAAGGACCGCAUCAUUGACGCCGGGCCGAAGGGGAACUACUCUCGCUUCAUGAACCACAGCUGUCAGCCCAACUGCGAGACGCAGAAGUGGACGGUGAACGGCGACACGCGGGUCGGCCUGUUCGCCGUCUGUGACGUCCCAGAAGGCACGGAGCUGACCUUCAAUUACAACCUGGACUGCCUCGGGAACGAGAAGACGGUCUGUCGCUGCGGCGCUCCCAACUGCAGCGGUUUUCUUGGCGUUCGACCCAAGAACUCCAACGGCCCGACGGCCGAGCCGAAAGCCAAGCGGCUGAAGAGGAAGUACAAGAGGAGGAAACCCGAGGGGAAGAAGAAGUCCGACGACGACUGCUUCCGCUGCGGAGACGGAGGGCAGCUGGUGCUCUGCGGGAAGAAGACCUGCAGCAAAGCGUAUCACCUGACCUGCCUCAACCUCGCCAAGAGGCCCUUCGGCCGCUGGGAC